CUUUGUUGCUGGUCCUGGUACAGAACUGGCACCAGACUUUUCAUGACUCAACAGAGUGGCACCUAAACGCUGCGUUUUUCCACCCGGCAUAGAACCCAUAUAUACCUUCGCACUCUCCCACUUGCGACUCUUCCUUCUCUCACACCGGUCCAUAGAGUCACAAACAAAGUACGGAAGAUAUUCUCGACAGUUCUGCUUGCGAAGGCCAUACUCACUCGCACUGUCAUCCACACAACAGAUAAAAUCAAACCACCACAGCUAUGGAUCUCCUUGAUGAAUUGGAAUCUAUGGCAAUCAACAUCUCUGACCCUUCUACCAACAUGAUCAUUUCAGAUGUCGACGUAGAGAGAUGGCAAGUCCUGUUCGGUCUAAGUCGCCCAGAGGCCGCCCAAGCUAUCGAGGCCCAUCGCAACGACUUCACAAAAACAAGGGUAUCCGACGAGCUCUGGGAGGCCGUCAGACCAAACAAGGAGCCCGAAGGCUUCGACCGGGAAGCCUACGAAUACUCAAUCACCCAGAAGCGAGUCAUCAACACAAAAGCAACCACCGCAACCAUCGAGUCUGGAACAUUCAUUGUCCAACUCGGAGGACCCCUUAACUGCGCUGGUGCAAUCCAGGAGGCCGCCCAACUCAACGCCCCUCCUCAACUAGCGACCGGGGUUGGUGAACACGGCCAGACACAGUUCUGCGAGAUCGACGUCCUUGCCAAAUCAAUGCUCGUCGCAUGGCUUGCAGAGCACCAUCCCUCCUUCCGGCCGAUCAUUGUGCGCCUGGCCAAGGCCAAGAAGGAUCUCUGCUCACGUACUCUAGCACCAAUGCUUGGAGUGGACUCUACGUUGCCACAGCACCGGGCCGUCGCCGACAGUUUCACUCCAUUGCCCAGACAAAAUGACUAUCCUGUAUGGUACUUCUUUUACGGAACUCUGGCCGAUCCGCAAGUCCUGACACAACACCUUGGUUUGGAGGAGAAGCAGCCAUCGUUCUUGCCCGCUCACGUCUGCGGAGGUCAAGUCCGGACAUGGGCUGGCAAGUACAAAGCUCUUGUGGAUGCGCCCAUGGAAAAUCAAGUGUUCGGCAGCGCCUUUCUCGUCACCUCUCGCGAACAGGAAGAAGCACUGCGAUUUUAUGAGACGGACAAGUACGAUGUUGUUCGAUGCCGUAUUGUCACCGAAGAUGACACACUCGAUGGACUUACCUUCCGCUUCAAUGGAACGGAAGGACUCGAGGAGUUGAAGCAGUGAAGCCAAAGAGAUUCUGCCGCGCGGCAAGACCGGCGGGUAGAAAAAUACGAAACGUGGUCUUGAUUGCUCCAGGAAAGACACGGAAAUCUGAAUGUGCCUUCAUGGUACUAUACAUCUUCUCAGAUGAUGUACAGUCUCCACCACGACCUCAGAUCGCGCUCGACUUGUUCGAGCUCUUUUUCUCUUUCUAUCUGCUCGAUUUCAGACAGGUCGAUCUGAGACAGUUUGAGCGGCUUGGUGCGGUAGAACAGCCACGCAACGGCCCAGAGGACUAGAGUGAUUGACGUUAGUC